AUGGCACCAGACCUUCCUAUUCCCGAUACGCGCGUCCUUGCCGUCGCUAGUCAUGUCGUAUCUGGAAACGUGGGAAACAAGAUCGCCGUCUUCACGCUGCAGUCGUUAGGUUGCGACGUCGCGGCCCUCAACACCGUCCAGUUCACUAACGACGUGCGGGGACGACAAGGCAACCACACCGGCUACCGGCAAUGGAAAGGGACAAAGGUCUCGGCGCAGGAGAUCCGCGACCUGUUCGAGGGCCUGAAGCAGUCGUACCUGGACGACUUUGACAUGAUGCUCUCGGGGUACAUCCCCGGCGCGGAGGCGGUCAUGGCCGUCGGCGACAUCGCCAAGGAGCUCAAGGCCAAGUCGGGCGACGGCAGCUUCUUCUGGGUGCUCGACCCCGUGAUGGGCGACAACGGCAAGCUCUACGUCGCCGAGGAGGUCGUGCCCGCGUACCAGAGUCUCGUGGAGCACGCGGACCUGAUCCUGCCGAACCAGUUUGAGGCCGAGCUGCUCUCUGGUGUCAAAAUUACAGACAUGAACUCCCUCCAAUCCGCCAUCCACGCCCUACACAGCAAAUUCCGCAUCCCCCACGUCGUAAUCACCUCCGUCAACCUCGCCGCGCUGGACCACCCGCCCUCGCACCUGUCUGUCGUGGGCUCCAGCAUGGACCCGUCGACGGGCGCGCCCCGCCUCUUCAAGAUCGUCUUCCCGGCCAUCGACGCCUACUUCUCAGGCACGGGCGACAUGUUCGCGGCGCUGAUGACGGUGCGCAUGCGCGAGGCCGUCAUCGCCGCCGGUAGUCAGUUGCAGAAGACCAGGUCGUGGCUGAGCGGGCCCGAGGUCGACGCGCUGGACCUGCCGCUGGCGAGGGCGGCGGAGAUGGUGCUUGCGAGCAUGCACGAGGUGCUCACGCAGACGGCGCGGGGCAUGCAGGAGGCUGUGGGGGCCGCGGCGGCGGAGGCCUCGACGGAGGAGGAGAAGAAGAAGCUGCAUCUGCUCAAGAGCAAGAGCGCGGAGCUGAAGCUGGUGCGGAACUUGGCGUGCUUGAGGGACCCAGUCAGCAACACCAGUGCUGCCGAAGCCGCCGGCGCCGCGCACACUCUCCUCGAGCUCCUGGACCUCGACGAUCUCGGGGGUGAAGAUGCGCUCGACGACAAGCUGGGCGAUACGGUCACCCUCAGCGACCUCGAAGUCGGAGUCGGCGUGGUUGAAGAGGAGGACCUUGACCUCGCCGCGGUAGUCCGCGUCGAUGACGCCGGCGCCAGUGUCGAUGAAGUUCUUGGAGGCGAGACCGGAGCGAGGGGCAACGCGGCCGUCUGUUGUGGAGGAUUCCUUAUUAGCUUUCUUCUGCCGGGAUAUCGAUCUCCAUCGAAGGUCAGUUACGUACAGGUGCCGGCCGGGACGGAGAUGGCAAUGUCGGUGCUGACGAGGGCCUUGCCGCGGGCCGGGAUGGUGGUCGGCUUCGCGGCGUAG